ACACCGGAUGAGCACCCUUCCCUUCCUCCUCUCCACCGGGUUGGUGUGUCUUCCUUCCGGCUCGCCGAAGAAAGUUGAGGGAGGUUCAGCGGCAACUGGGCUUUUUACAUAAUGGACAGCCAGGGAAGGAAAGUGGUGGUCUGUGACAAUGGGACCGGGUUUGUCAAGUGCGGCUAUGCAGGCUCCAACUUCCCCGAGCACAUCUUCCCUGCACUUGUUGGGAGGCCCAUCAUUCGCUCAACUGCCAAAGUGGGGAACAUUGAGAUUAAGAAUGCACAGAAAAUGGACUUGAUGGUGGGGGACGAGGCCAGCGAGCUGCGCUCCAUGCUGGAGGUCAACUACCCCAUGGAGAAUGGCAUCGUCAGGAACUGGGACGACAUGAAGCACCUGUGGGACUACACCUUCGGCCCAGAGAAGCUCAACAUCGACUCCCGCAACUGCAAGAUCCUGCUCACCGAGCCCCCCAUGAACCCCACCAAGAACCGUGAGAAAAUUAUCGAGGUUAUGUUUGAGAACUACCAGUUUGGAGGAGUCUACAUUGCCAUUCAGGCUGUGCUGACACUGUAUGCCCAAGGCCUCCUCACUGGUGUGGUGGUGGACUCAGGUGAUGGUGUGACACACAUUUGUCCAGUGUACGAGGGCUUCAGCCUGCCCCAUCUGACGAGACGCCUGGACAUAGCAGGAAGGGACAUCACCCGCUACCUCAUCAAGUUGUUGUUGUUGAGGGGUUACGCCUUCAACCACUCUGCAGACUUUGAGACGGUACGUAUGAUGAAGGAGAAGCUAUGCUACGUGGGCUACAACAUCGAGCAGGAGCAGAAGCUGGCGCUGGAGACCACCGUGCUGGUGGAAUCAUAUACGCUGCCAGAUGGUCGUGUGAUCAAGGUGGGCGGAGAGCGGUUUGAGGCCCCCGAGGCUCUGUUCCAACCCCACCUCAUCAACGUGGAGGGCGUCGGAGUGGCCGAGCUUCUCUUCAACACCAUCCAAGCGGCUGACAUAGACACCAGGCCUGAGUUCUACAAACACAUCGUGUUGUCAGGAGGGUCCACCAUGUAUCCAGGCCUGCCGUCUCGACUAGAGAGGGAACUCAAGCAGCUGUACCUGGAGCGUGUGCUCAAGGGAGAUGUGGAGAAGCUUUCGAAAUUUAAGAUCCGGAUUGAGGAUCCUCCCAGGCGAAAGCACAUGGUGUUCCUGGGUGGAGCCGUGCUGGCCGACAUCAUGAAGGACAAGGACAACUUCUGGCUGACCCGGGAGGAGUACCAGGAGAAAGGAGUCCGCGUGCUGGAAAAACUCGGAGUCACCGUCAGAUAAAGCACUGGACGGACAAGAACACAACACACACACACACACACACACACACGCAUAUACACAACACACACUUAACAUUCUCGCCCACAUCGCAGAGUAUAUAUCUAUUUAUCCUUCUUCUUCUCUGUUUCGGCUCUUGAUUCUGCUCUAACAUCCGAGAAUCGAGCCGUCACCUCCCCGCUCUUCUCCUCUCCUUUUCCUCUCUGCCUCUCUCUUCUCUCCUGGUUUGGGAUUGGCUCACACUUGUUCCUCGCUAGCCCUUAGAACCACUUGUAGAUUUCCACCAAAAUCUCUACUUGGCUUUUACUACGGCUUGAAGGGUUAAUGCUGCCACACUAUUAGGAGUUUUCACUAGUGGAGCAGGUUAAAGCCUCACAAUCUGCAAAUGGGUUUCAAGUAAAUUUGACAGGUAAAACCCAAAGCUGAGGUGGAAAGUCUAGUUUUUCUCCCUUGUUAAACCUCUAGAGGCGAUAAUAUGAUGCAAAUAAGAAACUUAGCGUCUGAAAUGUCACAAUCAGGGUCCACCACAAACAGCCUCGGGCCGCUUUCAGCAUCUGUUCCAGGCGAGCGAGAACUGAUCACAUUUUUAUGUCGGUUUUUAUAAACAAUAUCAUGACUUUUCUUUUCUGGGAGAGGGAUUACUUCUUGCUUUUUUGAGUUUAUAUCUUUAGUUUUUUUUUUUCCUUUCCCUUUUUGUUGCUGUGCACUAUUACUAUUGUAAAUGGAGUGUAUUGUUGUAACAGAACUUCCUCCAUUCUCUUUUUGUUAUGAAGAAUUAACGGUUGAUUUAUAAAGGGACAAAUACACAAAAUAAAGCCCCUGAGCUUGACAUCGGGUGUGUGACGGUACUUUGGGGUUAGUGGGUGGUGAGGCCGUGAUUUUCUUUGUUGGAGUGGGGGGGGGGUAACUAUUUGUUCCUCAUCAAACAGCCUUGCCUCUGCCUCCUCUCUGGAUGUAAAUCUCAAGCUGAAUGAAUGGGUGGGAGCAGCUGUGGCAGUAUUUCAAACUGCGGCGGCGCUGUAAGUACCUCGCGUGUCACGUUCCUUCAGAUCCUCCAAAGCACGGAGGCAGUCGCAGGUUCUGGAUGAGUUCUAUUUGAAUCAGAGCGUCGCUAAAACCGGGUUAAUAAAAUCUUAUCAAAGUUGACAUGCUGUCAGGAUCAUGUUUAAGUACUCCAGUCUUGAACUCCCAACGAUCGACCUUAACGAUUACUGGAGGCACUUCUAUUUUGAGUAAUGAUAAAUGUGUAUAUUUUUUUCCUCUUUUCCAUGAACGUCUAUCCAGUGCCAAGUGCAGUUAACGUUAACUGGAUCUCAUGUUUUAACGUCUUUCUUUUUUUGUCACUGUUUUGUUUUAAUUUCCUGUGUUGUUCAUAGCAUAACUGCCUAACGCUGAUUUAAAUAAAGAAAAAGUGAUUUAUAA